CAUCUGGCAACACUGAAAUUCGGAAUGCCGCCAUGUUUGAUGAAAACGUAAACGGAAAAGAAAGCGGAAUAUUUUUUUAUAAGUUAUCACAGCGAAAGUACGACGUAAUAUUGUAUAGUUUCGUAAAGGAGUUAUGUGAGUUAUUGUAGAUUUUCUUUGUUAAACCGCAGUCAAAAAUAUUUUGACAAUGACUCUACCAACCGACACUUCAAGAUCUUUUCGCCUGUACGUAACGCAUGUGGAUGGAGACGGUCCUUUUCUGAGGAUAAGCGGACAGCUUGACCAACAUGCCCCGUUAGUAGUGGAGAGCCUAUUCGAAGCAGCCCGUGAAAACUUGGAAAAAGGCAUAGGCUCGGUGCCGCCGGCGGCUAUUCACGAAGGUGUCAUUUGUGCCGCCAAAUACAAAGAUGGGGUUUACUACAGAGCGAAGGUGAUAGGCACAAAUAACUUGGCGACGGGCUUGGUCAGUGUGCAUUUCAUCGAUUUCGGUAACAAAGAUUUAAUUUCACUAAGCACAAUUAGAUUCUUGGACAACUAUGACCCUAUGUUCUUGCAAUUGCCUGGACAGGCCAAUGACUAUUAUUUAUCACGGGUGAUGAAUCCCUCCGGUCGCUGGGACGAGCCGCUGUUACUGAAGCUUCAGAGCCUGCUGUGUUAUGCUGAAUACCCUGCCACUGUUGAGGCUCAAACUAGGACAUUGUCUAUAAUUUCUGUUCAGUUUAAAGGAAAUGAUCUGUCAUCACAUCUUGUAUCAGUUCGGUUUGGAGUUGCAUUGCCUUUAGCCAAGCAAGAAGUUCUGCUCCUACAAAUAUUUGGGGAUAACCAGAAAGGGACAAAUUGGCAACCAAAUCUUGAAGCACCAUCUUACACAGAACAUGUACCAUUUUUAAUCAAUCAGAACUUUCCAUCCAAUCCUGCAUCAACAAUGCGUUUACAGCAAAAUGUCCCGGUUCCAUUUAAUGGCAGCAUACCACCACCAUCAAUGAUCAGUCAAAGACUGGUAGUGAAUAAGGCUGCUCGUAACACUGUUAACUUAAAAGCACCUGCAAGACAUCCUCAGCAUGCAGUGAAUGCAGGAGGUGCCAUGACCACACCUCCCCCUACUCCUAAUGUGUCCAAUAAGUCAGUAACCACAUCACCAGCAUCAAAUAAAUCUAAUUCUCCAAAGAAAUCUACCACCUACAAAAGCAGAUUGCUUGAAGUUAAUUCACAACAUAAAGUGUUUGUGUCUUUUGCUGAGGAAGGCCCUGAACUGUUUGCUGUCCAAUUAGUAUCUGAUGCCAAAAAACUGCAAGACAUGAUGGAUGAUAUAAACAGAAGGCCACACAGCAGCCUGGCAGAACCCCCAAUGAUUGGUACAGUUUGUCUUGGCAGGAUGUCUGGCGAUAGAAUCAUCUGUCGAGCAAUUGUCAUGAACCUCUCUGGAUCUCAAUGUAAACUGUUCUUUGUUGAUUUUGGCGACACAGAAAUGGUAUCGUAUUAUGACAUAUUUGACAUACCUGAAGAGUUUGUCAAGCCCAAUGUGUUUGCUAUGAGAUUCUGCUUGUCAGGAGUGAAAAAGUUAGAGAAGGGACCACAUCUCUAUGAGGCAUUUAAACAACUUGUUAAUGGUAAAGUGUUAACUUUGAAGAUAGUCCCUCCAGAAGGGCCACCACUGAUCCAAUAUGGUGAACUGUACCUUGACAAUAAGAAUGUUUUUGACUUAUUAAUGGCAAAUAUGAAGGAUAAAUUGCAGUUCAAAUGGAUGGACAUGCUACCACUAGGGACAAGACAGUCUGUUUUAGUUUCGUAUGUAGAUAGCUGCAUUAAAUUCUAUGUUCAACUUUCGGAUAAGAUUGAUGAUUUAAAUGCGGUGAUGGAUGCAGUUAAGGCCCACUGUGAGAACAGCUCGUCUCCUGGAGAGUUGCCAGUAGGCGCGGCGUGCUGUGCGCGUUUCCCAGAUGAUGAUAAUUGGUACAGAGCAAGAGUGAGAGAUACAAAGGGUAAAAAAGUAGUAGUAGCAUAUGUUGACUAUGGGAAUGAACAAGAAGUUGACGUAUCAGAUCUGAGGACAAUCUCUCCGGAUUUGAUACAACUGCCUGCUCAAGCAAUCAAGUGUGCAUUGAAGGGCUUCGAGAACAGACCAGUGGAGACAAAAACAUCAAACCAGUUGGAAAUGUUAGCUUUAGAGAAGACACUGAUGGCGCAAAUAGUAGGCGUGCUAUCAAAUGACACGAUGUUGGUGUCGCUAGUCGACGAUACUGUGACACCCCCCUUAGAUAUAGCGAGGAAAAUGAAUCAACUUUCGCAACCCAGAAGUUCGCAUGAGAUAAAGGCGACAACACCAGUGCGCAAAGACGCCCCCGAAACCUUCAGCUCGCCAGAGGGCAGUGUGCACGAUGAGGGUAAAAGGAAGAACUUCCGCCGCGAAAAGAGUUUCAAAGAGGAGCGCAGGCCGCCCCGGGAAUCGAACGAGGAGUUCGCGCAGAGAGGCGGCAGUUUUAGGGGAAGGGACAAUAAGGAAGGCUUCGACAGGUCCGGCCCGGGCCGGCACAGCGAGAAGUAUGCAGGGAAGCCGGAUCGCGGUGACAGGCGGGGAGGUCCGAAGCCCUGGGAGAAUAAUGGUCCCCAGCAGCAGACGUCGCCGCCGGGCGCGGGGGAGGACGACUGGGAAGAGGCACCCGCUCUACCCUCUCCUAACGCACCUCCCGCCUAUACGACUUCUGCACCCAGGCCCUCCAACAGAAGAAAGCCUAGGCCCGAACAGCACGAGGGCACGAAGCCGGGCCAGCGCCCCGGCUGGAAGGGCAAGGACUCUAGCGGCGUGGGCAAGCGGCUGCGGCAAGCCGCCGAGGCCGCCAGCGUCGACGCGCAGCGCGGCUCCGUGCAGGACCGCCUGCGACGCGACAACAGGGAUGAGAGAAACGGCGACGAUCGUGGUGGCAGGCCGGGCCGAGACCACCGCGACAACCGACCGGACCGGCGCGACAACCGCGGCGACCGGCCCGACCGACCCGACCGACCCGACCGGCGCGACAACUGGAACGACAGAAAGGACUAUCAAAAACGGGACUUUAGGGAAAGCAGGCCCGACCGCGGCGACAGGUACGACCGGCCGCGGAGCAACUUCACGCCCCGCGACCGCGCCGACCGCUCCGCCUCCGACUGCGACCGCCGCUCCGACAGGAGCUUCCGCUCGCAGGACAGCGGCAAGGACCGCAGCGGCCGCGCUCCUCCGUACAAGCCACGCAGCAAAUUCACUCAAGUGCAGUAUAAGGAACUGGCCCACCCGGUGCCUCUCACCGCGCCGUUCGCGGACCCCGUGGUGGAGCCCGGCGCGCAGCACGAGGUCUCCGUCACGUGGAUCAUCUCUCCGGGCAACUUCUACUGCCAGAUACUGUCUCUCCAACCGAAGUUUUUGGAAAUGAUGCACGCGAUCCCGGAACUGUAUAAAGGCGUCAAGUCCUACACUGGAAAUGUGCCAGUGGGCGCUUCUAUUCUUGCCAGAUAUCCGGUAGAUGGCGUUCUGUACAGAGCGACAGUGGUUUCAGUCCAACCGUUUUCCAAAUUCAUAGUUAGAUAUGUCGAUUUUGGUAAUAAGCAACUUGUCGAUGCGAAAGAUAUAUGGCAGUUGGACAACCAGUUGUUAGAACUUCCGAAGAUGGCGGUGCAUUGCUCGUUGGUUGGCGUGGUGCCUAAAGACGGCGAAUGGAAAGCGGAUCCAGAUAUAGACCUUUGUUUCAACGCGCCGAGGUACCAAUGUGUGUUCCAAGAACCCUCGGAGGAUCAAUACAAAGUGUCGCUGUGGAAUAACGGAGUGAGCGUCGCCGACAUGCUCGUCGAGAAGGAACUCGCCAAGAUGUCUGAUGUCCAGUCGUCUGUUACUUUGAAAGCUGUUGUGACUACAGACGAAGCGAUUGACUUGACGAUAAUAGUGGGCCAGCAAAUAUUAUGCCGCGUAACCCACGUGGAGUCGUUUGAGAAGUUCUUCGUGCAGUUGGACAUCGAUAAAGCUGAGCUGGUCGAGAAAGCUAUUGCUAAUUUCGACGUGUCUAAACUAGCACCUCUGGCCGCAGACAGUUUGACGGAUGGUAUACAUUGUACGUUGAAACACGACGGCAAGAUUUACAGAGCUAUCUUAGAAGACGUUUCGGAUAUCAACAACAUCCACGCUCUUCUGCCUGACUACGGCAACACUGUCACCACCACUUUGGACAAGAUAAUGAUUUUACCUACAGAGCUGAGCGUGUACUAUUACCAAUCGUUGCCGUGUUGUCUAAAUAACUAUACAUCUGAAUCUAAGACCUUGAUGACUAUUGAAGAACUGAAGCAGCGUCUAACCGGCAAUAAGUUCAUCAUUUACAUCAACAGUGUUGAAGGAAUCAAUUUGGAAACAACACUGUAUGAUAGCAUCACGGGACAGAAGGUGGCGAUAUUCGAGCCGGAUGAGGGCGCGUACGACGAGGUGGUGCAGCUGUGCAUGCGCUCCGUCUUCAACUACAACUUCGGCAUGGCGUACAUCUCGCACGCCGACAACUUGAACGAGUUCUAUCUACAGAGGGCAUCCGACACCGACAGGAUAGCGCAGCUCUUGGACGAACUAUACAAAUUUUAUGAGGAAGGUACGCCUGAAGCUCUGGACACCUUUGAAGUGGACGCCAUUUGUGCAGUUAAGUCGGCAGACGGUAAUUGGUAUCGUGCUACAAUUUUGAGCGUCGAAGACACGAAAGUAAAAAUUCAAUUCCCAGAUUAUGGCAAUACUGAAACUGUAGAGAAGAGUUGUGUAAUGAAAUUGGAUCCUAAAUUCUUUGAGCCAUGUACUUUAGCUUUAGUCGCUAGUCUGGGACUUGUCGCAUUGCAAGAAGAGGCUUUGACUAAAUUGAAAGAAUGGACGAACGAGAAAGAAGUGCAAGUUACCCUCGCAUUCGGCGCCGAUGGAUGGCUGGCCAGUUUGCAUUUAGACGGCGUGGACUUGUCUAUAAAGUUAGUAAAUGAGAAGUUGGCCACACCACAGAUAAUGACCAAUGAAGAGGAAAAGCAUGAGCCACCAGCAGAAGAGCCUAUAUCAUUGCCUGAAGGAUGCACGCAAGUUUACAUCAGUCAUAUUGAUACUCCUGGUCACUUCUGGCUGCAAAUGGUCGAUAAAUGUGAAAAAAUCGACGCCAUACAAGCAGAAUUACAAUCGAAUGCAGAUAAUUACCAAGACAUUGAAUCUCGGGAAAUGGGUACUUUGUGUAUCGCUAAAUAUUCAGCUGACGACCAAUGGUACAGGGCUAUAAUUCUCGAUUCAGAUUCGGACAUUACUACUGUGCGAUUUAUCGAUUAUGGUAACACCGAUGUGCUGGAUAACCAACCAGGAUUGAUAAAAGUGAUUCCAGAUAACCUAAAAGAGAUCGAACCAUAUGCGGUAAAGUCUAGCGUUAACGCUAUCCCUACAGGCACUGGACAAUGGUCGGAGCCGGCCUCUGAUUACUUUAGCCAACUUGUCGGUGAUUUGUCGUCACCUGUUGAUGCUCUCAUUGUGUUAAAGGAUACAUUAACCUAUGUUGACAUCUAUGUGAAUGGCCAGAAUCUUACGGACAAAUUAGUUACCGAGGGACACGCUACGAGAUCUGAGGAACCUGAAUGCGGAGAUUUGCCAUCAUGUUUUGCGAGCCAUGUAAAUUCUCCGUCCGAAUUCUGGAUUCAGCUAGAAACUGCUGCACCAGAACUACAGGCAAUGGAGGCAGCCAUGGUCGACGCCGAAAACUUCCCCGAACUUACCGAUAAAGAGGAGGGCGUCAUUUGUGCGGCAAAAUAUCCUGAAGAUGGAGCGUGGUACAGAGCACAGGUAAUUGUAGAUGGCUCCGAGGGUACUGAAGUCCUCUUCAUGGAUUAUGGUAAUGCUUCAAUUGCAAACGAACUACGCAGUCUUCCGGACGAACUUAAGAUAAAACCAGCACUAUCAAGAAAAUGUGCCCUGCAAAAACCUCGUGAUAUAAAGUCGUGGUCCCGAAAAUCUGAAAUUAAAUUUAACGAGUUGGCAGCUGAAGGCGCUACCAUUUUUAAUGUUCAGUUUAUUGCUGCUGGAGAUAUAUCAAUCGUCGAGUUGUAUCUCGAAGGUAAAUCUGUAACUGAAGAACUGGUUGGGCUCUGUGAAGAACAUCCGUCAACUGAGCGACCAACGCCCGUCGGCCAAGAUUUGCAUUGUAAUGGUAAAAUCUGUUUUGUAAACUCCUUGGAGGAGUUUUACGUGCAGCUGGAACACUCUAUAACGGAUUUGGAUAAAGUUAUUGAGAAGUUAGUUGAUGCUGAGAGCUUUGAAUCAGCUGCAGAGUUGAAAGUAAAUUCAAUUUGCGCCGCAUUUUGGUCUGAAGACGAGCAGUGGUACAGAGCCAAAAUAUUAGAAUUUUGUGAUGUAGGUUCUCACGUUCAAUUUUUAGAUUACGGCAAUAAAGCUAAAUGUGAAGAAUUCAGACAACUACCUGAUGAAAUCGCCGUCAUAGAACCUUUAGCCAAAUGCUGUCGCUUAGCUGGUGUGCCAGAAGACAGCACUAUACACGAAAUUGGCAGAAAUAAGCUCGAUGAAUUUGCCGCAGAAGAUACUACAUUCCAAAUUGAAUUUUUAGAUAGCUCCAAAGAACCUGCCCUAGUCAAAGUUCUGCUGAAUGGAAAAGAUAUCAUGUCUGUUUUCUCUGAGGCGAUGAUAAAUGUUGAACAAGAAAAUGUUUGUGACAAAUCUGCUGAAAGUGAAACUUUAGCAAACAAACCUGAAGCUGUUACAGAUAAUUCGCAAGUAGAUAUAAGUAGCGAACCCAUCAAAGACGAAAACCCUUUGGAAUCAGAACUUAAUAAGAAUGACUUAGAUGAAGGCCCUGCUGUAACAGACGGUGAACUGAAUACCUCACUACCUGAUCUCGAUGAAAGCCUAGAAAGUAACCAUACUGUUAUAGAGAAUAAAUCUUUUGAGUCUAAGGCUGACAGUUUUAGUGAUGAAGUGCCUUUAGAUGAGGAAGUUAAAGAUGUAGUUCAGCAAUCUCCCGAGAAAGAUGUGUCUUCCAGCACACUAGAGAAAUCGGAUGACACAAUAAAAACGCCCGACAAAGAAGAAUCGAAAGAAAAUGUAAACACAGACACAGUGCUGACAAACAGUGAGGGUCAUGAUAACCCGGAAAGUAAAGAAGGGGAGUUACCAAAAAAUACUCCAGAAAAGGAGCCAGUGAAACAGUCUUCUAAUGAAAGUAGUCCAGAGAAGACGAAAGAAUCAGUUUCGGAAGUAACCAAUUUAACAAAUGACUCGAAAGAACAAGAAAAAUCCGUAAAGGAACCAGAGAAGACAACUAAGGAACCAGAAAAGCCAUCUGAAGAACCAGAAAAGUCAUCAGAAGUUACCGAAAUCAAGAAGAGUGAAGAAGUCAAAUAGAAUCACUACACCAUAAACUCACUCAUUAAAGGAUCUUUUACCAUUUGUAAUAUAUCCAAUCUCAUGUAGGGUUAGCUAUUGAAAAGCAAUGUUUGUGAUAGUUACUUAUGAGCCCUUCCUAGUGCUUGUUUAUUUUUAUGAGUAACAUACGUAUUAUAGUGGCCAAAUGACUGAUAUACAUAAUAUGUUAUGUAUUUUAAAUGAUAGAUGUUGGCUAUACAUUUCAUUUUUUAUACAUAUAUGAUUGUUCUAAAGUAUGUUUCUGUGGCCUUUUAUUAAGUUUUAUUUGUUUUUGAUUGUUUUGAUUAAAUAUGAAGAUAAUUAUAGGUUUUGUAAAAAUACGAAAUUUGUAUGCCUGCACGUGACGGUAACUACUUAAGAGUUAAGUAGCUACUUAAGCUUCACUAGACAACAAUUGAGGUUCAUAUUAUAGUGCUUAAAGUGUUUGGGGAACAGCAUACGUCGUACUUUCCCACCGCAUCAGCAGCACCUUUUAACCUCAUUUGGUGUCUAGUCAUUACUUGGGUUUACUUUUGUAUCGUUAAAUUCUGAUGUUAAACAUCAAACACAUAAUCUAUAUAUUUUUUGUUACUUCUGUCCACGGUGGGAGAGAUUCCUAGAUAUGGACUAAACAUUACGAUAAGCGGCGAAACCUAUAAAGGCUUUAAUCACAUGAUACAAUACUCAUAUGUCGGAUUUAGUUAAACAGUCCUUGCGUUUCAUUUAUUUGCUGUGUUAGUUUACUUACAUUCCCUAUUUGGUUUUCCUUUUUCAGGUUUUUUGAGUAAUCUUUGGUCCUAAUAAAGGAUCGCCUCGAACUUUGGGUGAUUUGAUUCAAUAAGAUGUGUUGUAUUUGAUAUAUAUUCACAGACUAAUUUACUGGCAGUUAUGUUUGCAAAAUGUUUAAUUAUUUUUAGAAAAUAAAGCUAUGUAUAAAAGCUUU